AUGACGUGGGCUGCAAAGAAACCAAAGCUGCAAGUUGAGCAUUUCAUUCAGCCAAGCUCUACACCAGCAGUUAAGUUGAUACGGGAAUAUGUGUUUUCUAAUGGACGCACUACUCUACAAACAGGGCAUGUUUCACUUGGCGAGGCCGCACUUGAGAGUGAACCAGAUGGUUCACUAUACGAACCUCACGCCAUCCAGGAUUGGCCGGACUACAAUGAUUGGGACGAAGUCUCUCCAUUUUGUGAUCCUCCGAUCAUCGCGGGUGACGUUCUGCAGGAUAAGCGCAAAGAAUAUGCUGCAGACAAUCUGCUUCUUGUUUGGCUCCUCGACCGCCAAUUUUUCCUUGACGAGACCAUAUUUCUGGAGGGUCGUGGUCACGAAGGCCAGCGCACAGUCUGCCGCUGUGGCAGUGAAAUUGAAGAACCCAAGUACCAUUGCAGGGACUGUUUCGGCAUGGAAAUGUACUGUCGACAUUGCAUUGUUGAGCGCCAUCAAUCCAGUCCACUGCAUGUUAUUGAAGAGUGGAACGGCUCUUUUUUCCAGCGCACACACCUCAAGUCCCUUGGUUUACGUGUGCAACUGGGUCAUCCUCCCAGUGACCACUGUUACAAUCCGCGUCCCUCAACAGGCAAUGACUUCAUCGUUGUUGACAUCAAUGGGAUCCAUGAUGUCAUGUUAGAUUUUUGCGGCUGUCACACUGCCCAACUGCGCUACAAGCAACUAUUACGAGUCCGAUGGUAUCCGGCAACAACGACGGAUCCGCAAACAGCUGCAACGUUCAACGUACUCGAGCACUAUCAACUGCUGUCAUUCGAGUCUAAGAUUUCGGCCUACGAAUUUUAUCACAGCCUAGCCAGGUGCUCCGACAAUACUGGAUUGUCACCCAUCAAGGACCGUUAUUCAGCGUUCAUGAGGAUAGUACAUGAGUGGCGUCACCUUCGACAACUCAGGCAUAGUGGCCGAGGUCACGACCCUGGUGGCGUCGCAGAAACAAAAGCUGGCGAACUUGCGGUAGUUUGUCCAGCAUGCCCCCAUGCGGGCAAGAAUUUACCCCAAGGUUGGGAGAAUUCACCUCCAGCAACGAGAUGGUUGUACGCACUCUUCAUCGCUAUAGAUGCGAAUUUCCGUCUCAAGCGGAAGGCUGUCUCCUCCGACCAAGUGGAUCCUGGUUUAAAUACAGGAUGGGCCUAUUUUCGCAGUACCUGUGUUAGUCAUAACGCAGUUAAUAUGGCUGACACGAAAUCUUCGCGAGGCUUGGCAGCUACUGGUAUAGGUACCAUCGAUUGCGCUCGACACGAAUUCAAAUUGCCAAACGGGGUAGGCGAUCUACAAAAAGGCGAAAGGUAUUUAAAUAUGGAUUAUAUCGUUUUUUCGGCCCUUGUUGGAUUCACAGUGACCGUGCUAAAUAUCUCAUACGAUAUAGCCUGUCAAUGGUCAAAAAACCUAUGGAACAGAAUGGAACACAUGCCGGCUCGGCUCCAUAUACCUCGUGACGAUGUGCUGGUUCGAUAUUUCGUACCGAAGUUUCAUAUCGCAGCCCAUAUCGCAGCCUGUCAGCUCACAUUUUCCUGGAACUUUACCAAGUGGGUAGGUAGGACUGACGGUGAAGCACCAGAACGAGGUUGGGCAAGUGCCAACCGUGUCGCAUCUAGCACGAAGGAAAUAGGGCCAGGAACUCAAUGUGACACCUUAGACGAUCACUUCGGUGAUUGGAAUUGGAAAAAGACGACGACACUUGACUCUCAAGGCCGUACAUUGAAGCGCAAGAUGGAAAACACCAUAAAGUGGGAACGGGAACAUCGUGUUGCCUUCCUGCACUCACUUCUGGACGAGUGGGGAACAGAAGUCGAGAUGUGGGAGGAGGACAACACUCGCCCAAAUCCGUUCGAAAGCAAGCUUGCUCCUAUUACGCAGGCCGCAGUAAGGUCACAGCUUGCAGAAUUGGAAGCACAAGAGCUGCGGGAAGGGAUCAACCACUCUCUCGACGACAAUGUCUCACCUAGCGUCCUCAUUAGUGGUGGGAUUGAAUUAGAAGACUUGCAACAAUGGCUCAAACGCGACAUUUCAGACCUCUCGCUUCAUCCCACAGAAAAUCAAAGAGAGGCCAUCAUUCAUAGAACUAAUGCACUACAUAGACGCAUCAAUUCCUGGACCCGCUAUCAACAACUCUAUAUGCCUAUUGUCUCCAUGCUGCGCUCAUCAACGAAUCCAAGUCCAGGUUCCCCCCAAACACUUAAGCCGCAGGAUUUUCCACUCUAUCUACCAUCAGCUCUCCUCAAUCAUCUCGACUGCAAUCACCGUUUAAUGAAGCACGAAUGGAAACUUCGGCAGGCACAAGCUCACGAUGCCCUCAACGAGCUCCGCUCCCACCUUCGUCUACGUUCGCACAUUUACAAAUUCAAAGACAAGAACUUACGGGGCCAAGCAGCUUCUACCCGUGCACAAAAUCUGAUUGCACGCGUUGAAGCAAAGAAAGAUGCGGCAGUAGUGAGAUACAGCUGUCGGUUGGAUGAGAUGGGCUGGGAGGCAACACUUCGACCCCUCAGACACGAGGACAUUCGGCCUAUGGGCGAUUUCACAGGUGAUCGCACUCAAGGCACCGGGACAAUCUCGUGGAUCUGGCUGACGACAGAUGUCGACACCAGUCCAUCCGAGAAUGAAAGUGUUCAAGAUUGUGUUCAUAUCAAAUGGUGCAAGGCACGCGCACGCGCAGCUCGAUGGUCCGAGGAAGUAGAGUUGCUGGCUGAAGAAAUGAGACGAGUACUGGCCUUUCUGGAAUGGCAAGGUUCCUGGUGGCAUCAGCGCACAAUGCUGUGCUCAUCGGAGAAGACUACCGAGCAAGAGGGCUUGCAGGCAUAUGCCUACCGUCAAGCCGCACUCCGUUCUGCAAUGCGGACCUCAUUCCAAGCUCGUUGGAGCUUUGUUUCUCAUCUCAGUUCUAUGAGUUCUACGCCGGCUUCUGAGGAUGACAGCGGUCCUUCAAUUGACGCACCUCCUGCGGUCAUGGAGUUUUGA